AUGUGGCCUGCUGAUCAAUCAUGGUGGCAACAAUCUUUAUCCGUCGAUGGAGGUGCUCGAGCCAUGCGUCCACUUCAAUUCCCCGUUAAUCGUCUUCCAAAUCGUGUGGAUCUUCGCCGAUACAUGACACCUGUCGAAGAUCAAGCUGAUAUGUCAACUUGUGCAGCCAAUGCAUUUGCUGGAGCUUGUGAAUACAUCUACAAACGUCGUUUUAAUAAGCAUAUCGAUGUAUCACGACUAUUUAUUUAUUAUAAUGGACAAAUGAUUGAUCAGCGUAGUUUGGAAGUAACAGAUGAUGGCGCAUCGAAACAGAAUACAGUUUUAGGCAUGCGUAAAUUUGGCAUAUGCGAAGAGCGUUUGUGGCCGUACGAUGAACGUUUGCUGAAUAAAGAACCGCCACCUUAUGUUUAUGAAGCUGCUAGUCAUGUAACUGUCAUUCCACUUAAACUUCCAAGAAAUUUAGUAGCAAUGAAAACAUGUUUAGCGAAUCAAGUUCCGUUUUUGAUCGGAAUUAAAUUAUUAGAUUCUGCGACAUCCGAAGCGAAACGAAAUAAUGGAUACAUAUCAAUGCCUGAUCCAAGUAGUCUUACGGUCGCAAUGACUGGCACACAUGCUGUUUUAGUCGUCGGUUAUGAUGAUCGAACACGACAUUUCAUUGUGCGAAAUUCAUGGGGAAGAGAUUGGGGUAUUGACGGUUAUUUUUACAUUCCGUACGAUUAUUUGAUUGAAAAACGUUUGAUUAACUAUCUGGACGGUUUAUGGGCUAUUACUGAUAUCAUUCCACGCACGAACUAUAAACCAACUGUUCGCCGAUUGGUUGUUCCAGGCCAUAAUCAUGACGAGAGACGUAUGCGAGAUUACACUCGAGAUUACACUCGGCAUCACUACCCACACUUAGGAACUAAGAUGAUGAUGAUGAGGAUGCCUACGCGGCAUUAUCCAUUGCAACGUCGAUUGUCUAUGCCAACACUUCGCGGUAUAAAUGAACAUUAUUGGUAUGGAUGA